CGGUUUUUCUACCCGUUGGUGACGAUCUACCUUCCCCCUUUGCCCACGGAGCAUUUCCCAGAGUGGAAAUCCCAUACGUGGAUGGUUCAGCAUGGUGUAGAGCCUCACGUGGUCUUGACAGCACCUGUCAAUGGCCAUAUCUCAGGAACUAUGCACCAAUUGGGACAAAUGAGG